AUGUCUAAAACGCCAAUCAUAACGCAGUACAUUGUUCUUCGUAAUGAUCUCCCUUGGGGCCUUGGUGCCCUUGCAGCUCAGGUGGCACAUGCAUCGGUGGCGGCCAUCCAUGCGUUUCGCGAGCAUCCAGAUGUCAGGGUCUACUUAUCUGAUAUAUCAAACAUGCGUAAAGUCGUCUUGUCUGCCGAUGAGCAGCAGAUAAUCCAGCUUCGCGAUGACCUAUGUGCUGCCAAGAUUGACCACUUCGCUUGGAUAGAGCAGCCAGAAAAUUUGCUAAGUGCUAUUGGUCUUAGACCAUGUCCCAAGGAAUUGGUUCGGCCAUAUUUGAAGCACUUAUCUCUUCUGAAAGAGCUCCCUCGGAGUAAAUAA